AUGGAUCAAUCGAAGAAGCCGAAAACUUCCUCUGAAUUCUCUUUUUCUGAUGAAUCCUCAGCUUCUUCUUCUUCUUCGGGAAACAAUCUCAGACCUGAGAAGAUGGUGGAAGUGAAGAAGGAACCAGUUUCUUCCCGGAAAAUUCAAAAGGCAGACCGAGAGAAGAUCCGUAGAGAUAAGCUCAACGAACAGUUUCUUGAGCUCGGAAAUGCAUUAGAUCCGAGUAGGCCUAAGAGUGACAAAGCUUCACUUCUCACCGACACAAUACAAAUGCUGAAGGAUCUAAUGAACCAAGUUGAUAGACUAAAGGCUGAGUAUGUCACACUAUCUCAAGAGUCUCGUGAGCUUAUUCAAGAGAAGAGCGAGCUGAGAGAGGAAAAAUCAUCUCUCAAGUCCGAGAUCGAGAUUCUUAAUGCUCAAUAUCAGCAUAGAGUCAGAAGUACUAUGGUCCCAUGGAUUCCUCAUUACACUUAUCAUCUCCCUGUAGUAGCAAUAACUCAGGGACCAGUCUCAGUUCUGCCUUGUCCUGCUGCUAUACCUAACCCCUGUUCCACUUUUAUGUCCUAUUCAGCAUCAGUCAGUCCACAAACCGAACCGGCACUGAAUCAGCACUCUUCUUCGUCUUCUUGUGCUUCAAACAAACAAGAUUCCAAAAGCAAGUCUUUAGAUUUGAAACUCAUGAGGAACAGUAAUCAUUCAGGUGAUGUUGGUUUAGAGCUUGAGCUUAAAAUCCAUGCCCCUUCUUCAGCUCAAGAGGCUGUGUCUGGAAAAGACAAGAAAGGAAACUCGACAACCACUGCCAAAUAA